AUGAAUCAAGACGAGGGACUAGAGAUGGAGCUGGAAGUGUACGAGGGAUGCACAUCGCUCGAUAAUCUUCAAUCCCACGCUUUUUCUCUUGCUGUCUCCUUGUUCUUCUUCCUUCCUUCGACAUCAUUGACUGUGUUAUUUGUCUGUAACUUUAUUCAUUCAUCAUUUUCAUCAACAUUCAUAAUUGUUUUGCCCUUUCAUUCAUUUAGCCAUUCAUUUGUUCAUGCAUUCACUCACUCUCUUGUUCCCUCCCUCCCUCCCUCCCCUGCAGCUAAGAUCCCCGUGACUGACUGUGGCAACGGAGACUACGGUGUGCCCACCCCAGGGCAGGCCUUCAAGGAGGUGUGGCAGGUGAAGGUGUGGCCCAAGGGCCUGGGGCAGGCCAAGAACUUGGUGGGCAUCUACCGCCUGUGCCUGACUGACAAGACGGUCAACUUCGUCAAGCUCAACUCGGACGCCGCUGGCGUGGUCCUGCAGCUCAUGAAUGUGCGCCGCUGUGGCCACUCUGAGAACUUCUUCUUCGUUGAGGUAGGUCGCUCUGCCGUGACGGGCCCCGGUGAGUUCUGGAUGCAGGUGGAGGACUCGGUCGUGGCACAGAACAUGCACGAGACGCUGCUGGAAGCCAUGAAGUCCCUGAGCGAGGAGUUCCGUCAACGCAGUAAAUCCCAGUCGGGGGCUUGUGCAGGCGGGGGCGCCACUGCCUCCAACCCCAUCAGCGUGCCCUCCAGACGCCACCACCCCAACCCCCCGCCCAGCCAAGUGGGGCUCACGCGCCGCCCCCGCACCGAGCCUCCCGCGUCGGGGGCAGCGUCGAGCACGCCGGGGGCUGGAAAUGCUGGAAGUGAGUGUGGAGAUUGCGAAGGGGCUUCCAACACGUCGCCCACCCCGCGGUACCACAGCUUCCCCAGGACACGUGCGGCCAGCGACGGAGCCAAGUGUGACGACAUGGGCGGAGGCAGUGGGUGUGGAGGGGUUGCCAUGGGCACAGCCAGCUUCAGUGCCAGCCCGACCCCAAAUGGUGGCUCCUGCUCCUCCACACCCAUCCUCCGGUCUAAGUCUGUCCGAGCACCCCCUUCGGCUAAACACCCCCACGGCCUGAUGCGCUCCACGUCCACUCCCGCCGCCCCAUGCCCCCACAACCGCAUCUCCCCCGGUGGACACGGGGCUGACUCCUGCCUCCUGUCACCUGGAGGUGGUGCCGGGGGUGCAGGGGGUAGUAGCAGCAGCAUGGGGAGCAGCCUUGGUGGCGGUUCCCAGGCUGGAGCGUACAGCCGCGUGCCCAGCCUUCAGACCUCUCUCUCAGGCUCCCUCAGCGACUACGGCUCCUCGGAUGAGUAUGGCUCCAGCCCCGGGGAAGGUUCGAUGCUUGCACCCCACAGCUUGUCCAGUCUCGGGGGCAGGGACAGAGAUGACGAGGGGAGCAAUUACAUCCUCAUGAGCCAGCAGCAGAGAAGGGGAAAUGGGUCGGCUUCUGCGGCUGGCUCAGGGUCCGUCCCCACACAACAGUAUCACAGUAUGGGCGGAAACACCACACAAACGCCCCAGGGUAGGAGGAUCCUGCGGCGCUUCUCGAGUCGGGAGUCCGAGGCGGAGCGCUGUUUCCUCAGCAAGAGAGCCUCUCUGCCCCCCAUGGCCCUGGAGCGCCUAGCCCCGCCGAGGAGAGGUGGAGGUGGAGUUGGAGACGGGGAGGAGCAGGUGGAGCUGGAGGAGGACAACUAUGCGGUGAUGUCGCGCAGCAUCAGCCAAGACCCCUUCAGCCAGCGGCGUGAUGCGGCCCUCAACGCCUCCCAGCCCUCCACACCGGGAGGGCCGUCAACCUAUCUGGACAUGAACGCGGAGUUCCGAGGCGAGAACGGAGGCUCUUUAGGUUCAGGGGUCACCGUGGGAGGUGGAGGUCAGGGUGGGGGACCCAUUGACAAUGGCUACAUGUCCAUGUUACCAGGGGUAAUUGCCACCCCCCCAUCCUCCGUCUCCAACUCGCUGGUAGUCGCUGUUGCCGAUCCGGAUUUUGGCCGGCACCCAGACGCUGCUGACGACUACAUGGCCAUGACGCCCAACAGCAGUGUCUCGCCCCCUCAGCCCAUCCGCCCUCCUCCUGUCGCUGACGGCUACAUGAUGAUGUCGCCCAAUGGCAGCUGCUCCCCGGACCAGCGGGGCUUGCCUGGCGCCUGGGUGGGCAGCAGCAGUGCCGACAGCCGGGCCGGCAGCGACUACAUGAACAUGUCCCCCAUCAGCACCCGCUCCACCAGCGGAAGCCCUCCGCCUCCCCCAGCACUCUCGGAACACCACGCCCGCUCUGACCCGCAUGGUAAUGGUCACCAUGGCAACGGCCCCCAGCAGUCACCCCAUCAGAAGCAGCAGCAGCAGCAGCAGCAUCCCGCGCCGAAAAUGGUGUACUCGUAUUACUCGCUGCCGAGGUCCUACAAACACAACCCCACAGCCCACUUUGAGGAUGGGCCCAGCCGGGGUAAGAGACUCAGUGCUGGGGGGAGCGCAGGGGGCAGCAGGGCAGCUGGUGGGGCGUUCAGGGGUCCCAGCAACAACGGUGGGGGCAAACUCCAGGACCCCCACGCGGGGCCUCUCUCUGGCCGACACCUGUCCCUCUCCUCCUCCUCCUACUCGUCCAGCUCAGCAAGCAGCGAGAGCCUGGGGGAGGGCGAGGAGAGGUCCCCUUAUGGAGGAGCAGGGGCCAGGGCUGCAGCUCGGGGCAGAGAUGGGCCACUGCAGCAACACCUCCAGCAGCAGCAGCCCUACCAGGGCCAGAGGAGGGGAGCAGCCGGACUGAAGCAGCAGGGGCCGGGGCAGCGGAACCGCCCGGUCAGCCUGUUUGUGGACGUGUCCAAAGCCAACACUCUGCCUCGCGUGCGAGAGAGCCCGCUGCCCCCAGAGCCCAAGAGUCCUGGGGAGUACGUCAGCAUCGAGUUUAAGGGAGAGCACAGAGCAGGAGCGUUUGUAGCGACAACAACAACAACAGCAGGCGCGGCUGGUGGGAGAGGAUUCAGGCCUGGCUUCUCGAUUCCCUCGACGUCCACCUCGUCAUCCUCCUCUAGUCGCCCCCUCCCCCGCCCCAUGUCCUGCCUAGCGGGGUUCCUCCCCGUGUCCCCAGGGGCUCCGCUGCCUCCCUCUGCCACCUGUGAGUAUGUCAACAUGGACUGUGGCCCUUCUCCGUCCCCUUCCCCACUGUCACUCACCCCUCUGGGGUUCCCGUCCUUCUCUUCUCCCGCGACGUCUCCGCUGCCCACUGCGACAGCUCCCAAGGCCAGAGACGAGCUCCGGCCCGGCUCUUCGCGGCCGGACGAGGCGGGGAAAGGACCCCGGCUGCAGGCCCCCCAGGCCCCAGAUUCGCCCACGUCCUGCGGGGACUACACAGAGAUGGCCUUCAGCCUGACUGCCAGCACCCCCACCACCAGCUCCACGUCCUCCCCCAAGGGGCCGUCCCCGGAUCGGCCCGAGUCCAUCCCCGCGGGCCCGGGCCUGAGCCUGGGCCUCCCGCUGGACUUCCCCAUGGGGAGCAAGCAGGGCCCCAACCCGGACCACGGCGCCAAGGUGAUCCGGGCCGACCCCCAGGGGCGUCGCCGCCACUGCUCAGAGACUUUCCUGGCCGCGGCAUCCUCUGGGUCGUCCUCGUCAUCCUCGUCUGUGUCCGGAGGGCUCCCCGAGCACGCCCAGGCUGUGGCCAGGCGCCUCGGCUUCGACAGCAUCCUGUGGGGCAGCAGCAUUGCCGCCUCUCCCGAAUCCCCCUCGCAGCACGGGCCACCCUUGCUACCCAACGUCCAGGCUUCGUCCGCAGAGCAAGGUCUCAACUACAUCGACCUGGACCUGGCCAAUAAAGAGAGCCCUCACUCAGGACUGGACGGCCCCCAGAUGCCUCAGACCAUCCCCACGCGUCUGUUCUCCGGCGUACUGGGCGGAGGGGCUGUGGGAGUGGCCGGGGCGGGGCUCGGAGUGGUAGCCUCCAGCCUCAACACCUACGCCAGCAUCGACUUCUACAAGUCAGAGGAGCUGCGGACCCACCAGAGUGCCGGCAAAGACACAGAGUGUUGAAGUCUGUUUCACCCACACCUUUGGAACUGUGGGAUAUGGAGUCCUGAUAGACUCAGGGUCUGGAGUUGAACUUGCCUCUGCAGCAGAAGAAAUGGCGAGACUCAAGUGAAUAAAACUCCAACAUUUGUUUGCGUUUAGAUUUUUUUUCUGGUGCUCAUGGCAACCAAUGAGAACAAGUGCCAAAAAUGUAAAAAAAAAAGAGGAAGAAAAAAUUGUCUAGACAAACAAAGACAAAACCAUCUUACGGUGUUAAGGUGCACUUUAACUCCUGAGACUGAUGGACAUACUGCUCGAGCCAAUCAUGGGAGAGACUGGACCGUGACCGCCCCCAUCGAGGAGCCAGUGAGAUUGGUCGAGCCCGGUGGAAUCUGGACGCAGGAAGAACUGAACUGGAUUCAGUCUAAAGAUGAGCAGAUGAAGCACAACUGUGGCCCUUGAAUAUAAUGUAGUGUAUGGAUGUCCUUGCAGAAGUGCCUAUUUUGAUGUCUGCAGCCUCAUCUUUAGCUUUACCGUCAGCAUAGCCUCAAAGUAGAACAUGGUAGUGACUAAUGUGGUGGUCUGUUUUCUCUUUGUGUGUGUGUGUGUGUGUGUGUGUGUGUGUGUGUGUGUGUGUGUGUGUGUGUGUGUGUGGAAAUGUUUAUUUUUUUAAUAGAAAUAUCACCUCAGACAGAAAUCAACCAAGAGGGAAUUGCAGUCCAUUCUAUAGUGUGUAUUGUAAAUAAUAUGUGAUGAUGGUGAUGAUGAGUGAAAGAAUAGAAACCAGCUGGCCUUACUUCACAUCUGAGCUGUACUAGAGGGACUAGCUUGUGGUUCUGUCUCACGCCCAGUACACACACGCACACACACACACACAAGGUGAAAGUAGUGGGUCAAUUAUCAUUAAGAGUUAUUUGGUUUCAGGGCCGUGUUCUUGAGUUUUAGGUGUCCACCACCCAAACUUGUUAUUUGUCAAGCUGCAAGAGUACUUAACCUGAAAUGACUCAGGUUCUGCUAUCUUUUCUUUUCUUUUCUUUCUUUCUUCCUUUAUUUCUGUGCAUCACCCUUGCAGUUACACUAAAGUGCCUUCUAUCUUUGUCUUUUGCCGUUUCAUUGUCGUCAUUUCUUUCUUUCUAUCGUUCUAUCUCUCCCCCUGCUGCUGCUGCUGCUGCUGCUUCCUCUUUUCUUUGCGUGUUCUGUAAGGUCUACUGAUGCGUGAGUGAGUGUUGGCCCCUCGUACUUCUGCAGUCUAUUUCUGUCCUCAUUCGGUGGUACACCUCUCUCCGGUACUUUCCUCCUUGCACGCAACUGGGGCUGGGGGGGGGGGCACCAGUCAGGGACGCCCCUCAUCAGGAGGCAACACCGCUGAGUCCAACCCAUGCCAAAAUGCAAUCUGUGUGUGUGUGUGUGUGUGGAUGUGUUUCUUUGUGUGUGUGUGUGUGGAUGACAAGGUGUUAACUGAAUCAAUCACUAACGCCAUCGUAGCACUUAAAAUAUCGACACAGUUCUUCAGAAAACCUAAAAUGAGUUUAUUUGGGGAUUCUUCUUUUUUUUUUGUCUUUGUCAUUUCUAUUACAGAAUGAUCCUCUGCAAUCCAACUUAUUUUUGUUUUGGAAUAUUUGUUUAAUCUUUUAAUUUGUCGGGGAUUCGGUGUGUCCGAAGGACCACCGUCAGUCCUCCGAUUCUAUCCGUCGUUAUGGCCACGCUAGCUUUCAGGAGGGUCAGAGUUUCAGGCCGAGGGGGCUUUGCUGCUAAUGAACAUAGAGGAGUGUUUUAAGCUUUUCUGAGGAUGUUACCUGUUGUUAGGGGGGGGGAGGAGGCUACAAAAUAAAUGCAUAGUAGGAGUUUUGUGUUUUCUUUUUUUCCUGCCUAACUGCCACAUUUCUGUCUGUCUGUCUGAAUGGCCUUACGCGAAAAGGGGAAAAAAAGAAACCUUCUCACAUGAUUGCCGGGACACGACGCAUAACAGAACAACUUUAUUGCCUCCAGAUUUUUCUCUCUCUCUCUCUUUUUUGGUGUAGACAAUUACCCUCAGUGGUCUGUAACGUUGAGGUGGUGAAAUGAAGAACGCAGACCACAGUCUUCCUCUCGCAAUGCCAGGCGUACAUGGAGCACAAGACCGCUCUAUUACAAUGGAGAACACCCGACAGCCAUGGGUAUCCACUUACCAUUGUUUCACCCCCCCCUCUAAAUUACUCUUUAUGGUCCUCACGUUGGCACUGGUCUUGAACUCCAGUCUGGUCAGCUCCUAACUCCCAGGGUGUGUGUGUUCUCGAAGCAGCUUGCUCUAGAUGUGGAAUGGGGUGGCUGCCGAGAGGAACUGGAUUCAGUGCGGAAAACAUUCUGAUGGGCCUGGGACCUUUUCUUUUUAAAAGAAAUUUGACAGUGUCAACAAGACUGACUGACCGAUAGAGCUGGUCGUACAUCAUGACCAUUUUUUGAGGUAAAGGUCACACAUGGGAGAGAGAGAGAGAGAACAGAGGGGCAAAUGAGAGUAUAGAGUGGUGGAGGGAGGCAAAACAAGUACUAUGAGGAAGGGUGAACAAGGGCCGGAGAAAGCUAUCGACAGGAAGAGUUCUUGGGAGGAGUCCCUCAAGCCGCUUGGCGCUAUUGUUUUGAGUUGAGGGAAUAGCUUCUACUGGGCCAGGGGUGUGAAAACAGUUGGGGUGAGAGGCAUGGGUCCAGUUGGGGUGGCUGGCUUGGGCUGGGCUGGCGAGUGGUUCUGUUUUGGGUUAUCUUUCUCCUGGUGAAAAGGAUUGUGGGAUAAAAUAUAUACUGACGAUGAUUCUUGCCUGUGAUGUAGACAAAUGUACUGUUUUUUUUCUUCUUUCUUGGAGGGGAGGGGAGGGGGUGCUGUUAAAGCAAAGAAAAUAAAAGAAAGAAAAU